AUGUCUCCGCACAAAAUAGGCGUAACCAUUAGCCGCGAUGUCAAACAGAUCUACUUUUCAUUCCCACAUCUACUGACGUUCGGAGAGGACACUGUCAAUCUCUGGAAGAUCCACGUCAACUCUUCAUCGUUGACGUAUGUAGCCUCUUUAUCCGAAUGGAUUGACUACCCUGUCGAAAGAGGCAUCGUCAUUGACGAAUCUCGCAAUCUUGUUGUCAUUCCCCAAUGUGACCGGCCUGUUGGUCUUUCGGUGUACAAUCUCCAUGACGGACGCCUCAUCAAGAAGGUGGCCUUAUUUGGCCGUAUAUCCGUUGCUCGUAUUCAGUACGACAACGGGCGCGUCUUGGUCGCCGUCAAUGACGAAGACGACACCUGGCUGUUGGUGUGCGAUCUCACUGAGUCUGAUCCCAAUCGCCCAAUGUUUCUCACCGAGAUCACGGGCUCUUCACUCACGUCAGAGGGGGAAGAACGGCCUUCUGGUUUCGGCCCUGUAUGGCUUUCCCAUGCUGGCGAAGUUGUAGCUUGUGCGGGCGAGUCGUCCGGAAUGUCUAUGAGUCUCAUGCUAUGGCCACCAACCGACAAGCCCAACGAUGCACUUCCACCGUCACGUUUCACCAAAAUCCCUAGGACUAUCUCCGUCGAUGAUGAAAAAGAUGGGGCCAUCAAUAUGCAAAGCGCCACGGCGAUGGGCGAUGACAGGUUCUUGAUGUGCACUGUCGAGGCAGUGCUAGAUGUCCUUGAUGGUCCGGAGACUUACGGAUGCGUCGUUCGCGUGCUCGCGAACCCGUCUUUAGAGACCUUCUGGGCGUCCAGUUUGAUAUCGGGGCACAUCGAUGUUCUUCGUCAUGUCCCCAGUUUGAACGUGGUCGUUGUCAUUGGAUAUAUAAGCGAGCGGCAAAACCCUGCUAACGGCGACAGCCCAGACUACGCUCUCACUGUCACCGUAUUGGACGCGAGCACUGGGGAGCAGCGACGGCACGAACGGGUCAAUUUCCGCGAGCACGGGUCACCUGUCCGGGUCUGCGACGUUUCAACAAAAGCUGCAGGUGGCAAAGAAGUUGUUGUUGGCAGACCGGACCUCGUCGUCAUCUUUUGCGAUGGCGGUGUGAUUGUCAGAUCAUUGGAGGCGUUUAUCGCAGAAGGUUUUCCUCGUGUAGAGUCGAAUUCUUCGCAGGUCGAGGUGUCCCGCCCGUUUGGGUACAACUUCGGUAAAUCAACGCACGCCGCUGUUGGUGAUCGACAUGCCGUGGUAGUCGAGGACAAUCAGAAAGUGUCGUUGGUUGCGUGGUGA